AACCUUAGUAAUACAAAAAAUGAACUGAAAAGUCGAGCUACGUUCUUCUAAUAACUAAAAAUUAAAAAAACAUUUUUUUAAAUUGAGUAACUUUAGUAAAGCUCUUUUAAUUUGGUUAUCAAUUGUACCUUUAGCUAAUUAUGGAAUAUAUAUGACGAAAAUUAGUUUAAAAGAAAAAGACGGAAGUGAAUCAUGUUAAGCUAUCAAACGUAGAAAGAAUUUUUAAAAAUUAUUGCGUAAAUAAAGCAACAACACGAUAUAUCCACGUUGACAAUAUAUUUAUUUAGGGUAACCAAAUAGGUUACUUGUUUAAAACAUUCUUUUAUAAUUAAAGUAAAAAGAAAGAAAAAAAAAAGAAAAAAUAAAAUGGAGGAAAAAAGUAGUAUUAAGGAAGGCUACUUAUUUGUACAGACAUCAACCGUGUUUAGACAUUGGGGAUCAUAUAAAGCAAUGUAUUUAAUUCUAACUAACGACUACUUAUAUUGCUUCAAAAGGUACGGAGAAAUAACUUCAGUUCCGAAAGACAUAAUAAGUUUAAACGACGUUUCAAUAAUGGUCGAGGAGAGUAGAAGAGGUUUUAUUAAACGCUUUUUAAUAAAAAUCAAAACAAAUUCUGUGAACAAGAAGUGCUUCACUUUUAUUUCGUUUGAAGCUGAAGAAAGAAACAAUUGGCUAACAUGCAUUUUACAAGUUUUAGCUGCAAAGUUUACAAACAAUAUUUCUGAAAACAAUACUGUUUUAAAUUCUAAAAAGAAAAGAUUCAGCUUAUUAGUCAACCCGGAGAAAGAAAAGCUAAAGUCAUUGAGUUGCUUAGAUUUGACAAAUACAGGAGUAAUUGUAAGCGACCCGACUAUGACUUAUCAAAGCAUUACUCCUUUGAGACGCGCUUUUUGCGAGAAACACUCCGUCAGCACAUUCGAUAUCUCAAAACAAGUAUCACUAAGCCCAACAAAUCUUAAUCGGAAUCGUCACAGCACCUGUAUAAGUACAGAAAAAAUUAGUUUUCUAAACAGUAUCGGUCUUAACGCAAAACGUUGUAGUCAUUUGUUUGAUUCUUAGAACUUAGAAUAUUCAAAACUAUCCAAUAAAAAUUAACUUUUUUCAAAUAUUUUAGUCACAAAAAACCACACCAAAAAUGAUAUAUUUGUUCCUUCAGUUUUUAGAAGUUUUUAUUUUUAAUUCAUAAUUUAAUUUUUAAAACGAUAUAUUUAUUAAAAGCAAUUAUUGUUAUAUUUAAUGUAUUUACAAAAUAAACUUUAAAGUUAAUUUUA